UCUAGCUUCGUAUCGGGUUUCGUGCCUUUUUGGUAGACGAGCAGAAAACGGCCACGGCCUUUGUGUAUGCCAGAGAACGGCCUUCAAUUGUUUUUUUUGGAUGGGUGUGUCCGCGUCGCUUUUAACCAUCAAAAAGCAAUAGCUGCAUGUAGACUGAACUCUGGUCAUGUAGGUAUCCGGAUGAAUGUGCUUUGGUUUGGCCUCACCGUGUUGUUCAGCCACUCGGACACAAGCCUGCGGAAAAUAGACGCUCUGCAGAGGAAGGCUUUAGAAAGUGAAGAUCAAUAUCAGUAUUGUGAAAGGGCGAGCAACGAGACUGAAAAGAGUUGGGGGAGGGAGGGGAAGGGGGGUUAGUGUGAGGAGUUUUUGGAGGCGGAGCACUGCGAGAAGCGUGGGGGAGGAAGGGGCCAUUGAUCGGGGGCUGGGAGGUGCUGUUGCCUGUGUUUGAAUGAAGCAGAGACGGAAAUAUGUGAGUUUGUAUGAUAAUAGAGGGGUAACCGACUCCAUUUGGUCGACGAGAAUCAGAAGUUUGGAUCGCGUAAUUGCUCUGUUUGGAAAGUUGUGCGCUUCCUUGGAUUUUUGCGCUUUCUCCUCAGCAAGCGAGUUUGAGGAAGAAUCAAUAGGAAUAUGCAAAGACAUACUACUUAUUGUUGCGGCCAUUAACGAAGGACUAACAUCAUAAACUCUGUCGGUAUUACUGCUUGUGGCAUUAAUCCAGGUGGCUAUAAUCUCAACGCACUGAAGUGCUCUCCAAAACACGUUUCCAGCGAUUUUUUUUGUUCACCGGCAAAGUGGUUCGCUGUCUCGCAGGCAUUUGGGUGAUGAAUGAUCGUAUUCACACACGCAGCAGGGCUACCGCUGCGGACACCGAGACUGGGAUGCGUACUAUGGCCUUUGUAUUGUGUAGAUGAAUCUGGGAGAUAUUGCGCAUGUGGUUUGAUGUAAACGCGCAACGACUGAAAAUUACAACGCUUCUAUUAACCCGACCGAGCGAAUUCCCAAAGAAAGAUUUUUCCCCCCUCAACCCUUUUUUGCCACAACAGUUGUGCUAGGAUCACCUCUUUGUGUGGCAACAGCACUCUCCCUCAAUUGACUAAAGACUUGGGGAAGGGCUCUUCCUCCUCUCCUGCCAGUCAGCCUCCAAGAUAGAUUCUCUCAGGAGUAAGGUGGAGUUACUGAAACUGCCACUGGCCCUCUCGUCUAAGUCCCUGAGCGAGCGCAAGAGUCAGCUGGGCGGAGCAGGAGGAGGCACGGGGGGAGGAGGGCCCCACAAACCCCGCCCGCUAGCCUCAGACAUGGACAACGAGUCGCAGUACUCGGGCUACUCCUACAAGUCGUCCCACUCGCGGAGCUCCCGCAAACACAGGGAUCGGAGGGACCGACAUCGCUCGAAGAGCCGAGAUGGCAGUAGCCGCGGUGACAAAUCCGUCACCAUCCAGGCUCCAGGAGAGCCGCUGCUGGACACAGAGUCGACCCGCGGAGAUGAUCGGGAUGACAACUGGGGCGAGACCACCACGGUGGUCACCGGCACGUCCGAGCACAGCGUCUCCAACGAGGACCUGACGCGCGCCUCCAAGGAGCUGGAAGACUCCUCGCCCCUGGAGUGCCGCCGCUUCGCCGCGCCGGCCCUGAGCGGCGCGCUGGGCCUCUUCGCCCUCCUCACGCCGCUGGCCUUCCUCCUGCUGCCCCAGCUGCUGUGGCGCGAGCAGCUGGAGCCGUGCGGCGUGCCCUGCGAGGGCCUCUACGUCUCGCUGGCCUUCAAGCUGCUGGUGCUGGCGCUGUCGUCGUGGGCGCUCUUCCUGCGCCAGCCCCGCGCCAACCUGCCGCGCCUCUUCGUCUUCCGCGGCCUGCUCAUGGCGCUGCUCUUCCUCUUCGUGGCGUCCUACUGGCUCUUCUACGGCGUGCGCGUGCUGGAGCCGCGCGAGCGCGACUACCGGGGCAUCGUGGGCUACGCGGCGUCGCUGGUGGACGCGCUGCUCUUCAUCCAGUACCUGGCGCUGGUGCUGCUGGAGAUCAGGCAGCUGCAGCCCGCCUUCUGCCUCAAGGUGGUGCGCACCACGGACGGGGCCAGCCGCUUCUACAACGUCGGACACUUCAGUAUCCAGCGUGCAGCUGUGUGGGUCCUGGAUCAGUACUACAGUGACUUCCCCGUCUACAACCCGGCGCUGCUCAACCUGCCCAAGUCCAUCCUCUCAAAGAAGAUGUCUGGCUUCAAAGUCUACUCGCUUGGAGAAGAGAACAGCACCAAUAACUCAACCGGCCAGUCGAGGGCCAUGAUUGCGGCCGCUGCUCGGAGGCGGGACAACUCCCACAAUGAGUACUACUACGAGGAGGCCGAGAUGGAGCGUCGCGUUCGCAAGCGCAAGGCCAGACUGGUGGUGGCAGUAGAGGAGGCGUUCACCCACAUCAAGCGACUGCAGGACGACGAGCCGGCGGCCUCGUCGCCCAAGCACCCGCGCGAGGUGAUGGAUCCGCGGGAGGCGGCGCAGGCCAUCUUCGCGCCCAUGGCCCGCGCCAUGCAGAAGUUCCUGCGAACCACGCGCCAGCAGCCCUACCACAGCAUGGAGAGCAUCAUCGCACACCUGCAGUUCUGCAUCACCCACAACAUGACGCCCAAGGCUUUCCUGGAACGUUACCUCAACACAGGCCCCACCCUGCAGUACCAGCGUGAAAACGGCAGAGGGCGCCAGUGGACGCUCGUCAGCGAGGAGCCUGUGACCUCGGCCCUGCGCCAGGGCCAGGUCUUCUCCCUGCGCCGCCUCGACUUUGCCCUGGUCGUCACGGUGACGGCCCUCCCCUUCUUGAACCUGGGAGAGGAGUUCAUCGACCCCAAGAGCCACAAGUUUGUGAUGCGACUGCAGUCUGAGACCUCGGUGUGAGAGGAGAAGAUCGUCACAGGAUUGAGGGGGGGAUAGAGGGAUGGAAAGGAGGAGGAGAAGGAGAAGGAGAAGGAGAAGGUGGUGUGAAGAAACGGAGAGAAGGAAGGAAACCUGAGUGGAAAUAGAGGGAUAGAACCACUCCGCAGCUCCAGUUUAACAUCACAGCAUUUCUCAUAGAUUUUCAUUUCUUCUUUUUUUUCUUCCAGUUACUUUCCCCUUUUCAGGGUUCAAAGUUCAGUUUUUAAGAGAAUCCCCCAUCAGCUCAUAUUUGGGGGUCCUUAGUGUCUUCAGAUCUUACCUUCUCCAGACGAUGCAAAGACUGAAGGGUUUAAGUGCAUUUCUUCUUCAAUGGCCGACGUCAUUCCAACACUAAAACAACACGGAGCAAACAAACACAAAACAACAAAAAGAAACAAAAAAACAAAACAAAUUUUUCUGAGGGGUCCUGCUUGAUUUCUGAGCAGACCCAUCGCCUCACUGUUGAUCAUUCCCCAGAAGCUAGUGUGACAUGACACUAGUGGGACCAGGCUGGAGGUCCAUCACACCUCUCCUUCACACUACCUGGAAACUGUGAAUGCUGUUUAAAAAAAAAAAGAAAACUAAAACACUUUGUAAAGGCCUACGCUCUGUCCAUCACACUUCAUCAGGAUAGAAAAAUGGCCUCAGGUCACCCCUGCAUUGUGAAUUGUCUUCUGGCUGUUUUGAUUUUAUUUUAAUAGUUUCUGCACCUCUCUUUAUUUUGUAUGUUUUGAAUAAAUCUAUGGAGUUCGAACAAUCAUUGAACACUAAGAAGCGCUAAAUAUCAUCAGUCCGUCGGGGCUGUGUCUCGCUAGUUGUCACGGUGACCAAGAUGGCUGUCAUGGUUGUGUGUCCAAGCCCUCCCCCUGUUCUUCGCUGUGGAGCGAGGCUCGAAUGUCUUGCAGCGUUUCGUCUGUACUACUUGUUCUGUAUGUGUUGACGGUUUUCUAAUAUCUUUGCUAACUGAUGGUGGGAAAAAAGUUUUAUCAGCUGUUUUUCCGUUUUUUUUUUCCCUCCUCUCCUUGCCUGUAAAUGAAUAGUGUGGAUUCUCAGAAGCGAUAGCGCUGAACAUGGUUCCUCCUUUUCUACCAGGCAAUGACACACUAUGCACUGUGUAGGAACUUGUUGUGAAAGAGUGAGAGAUUAGGCAGACGUCAAAUGUAGACGGUCAGAAAGCAGAACUAAAUGGCCUGAGUCUGUGUUUGUGUUAACGUUUCUAUCCCUUUGUAUCUCCUAUGUGUUGCAACAAGCAAACGGAAUGACUGCUCCAUCUAGCCUUAUUGUCAUGUGUGUGUAUGAGCGCGUGUGAGUCAUUGUUGGUUGGGUUUUCGGGAGUGCCAAAACUUCUCCUUUGUGGUCGUCGUGUCAUCUGCACUGCCCUGACAAUGCCACACACACACACACCCCUCGCACACUUAUGCAACACACACGCCCACUCACACACACACACUUAUGGCACACACACACACACGCACACACACACAGACACACUUAUGCAACACACACACACACACGCACCUCCAUGAUGCAUUGGCUAUGUCGUCUCCAGCUGAGGUGGGAGGGGGCUCUGUGAUCAAAACAUUUGUAGCGGCCCGAAGAAUUUGUUCGUGUUUGUUUGUUUGUUUUCUGUACGCACUGCAGCUGUGCAUUUUUGCCUUAAAGUUCACAGGAACCAAGAACCGUUGCCUUGGCUUCCUCUUCCCUCUUGAGCAGAUUGGCAGAGAGAUACGCGCGUAUGCACUGUGUGGCAGCUCUGAGACACUGUAGUCCCCCCCCCCCCCUUCUCCCUCACUCUCUUCCUGUUGUACAUAACCUUUGGAAUUUUUAUUUUGUUUUUAUACUUAUGAGGCUGGAGCGGUUUUUAUACAGUUAAAGUAGUGUUUUGAAAACUGAACAUUGGAAACGUAAUCUUGUGCGGAAAAUAAAAACGAAAUUGCAAUUUCAUUCGUAGAGCCGGUGCAUGCGCCUAGUUGAUGAAGUUUUGUAUUUUUUUGUAUUUGUUGCCUCAUUUUUAUCAAUCUGAUGUCUUAAAAUGAAGCUAAGCCUUUAACAUCUUUUAUUUCUUUAAAGUACAAAAACAUGGUGUGUUGUAAAGAGAUUUGUAGAUUUUCUUUUUAUUGUGUGAGGAAUUUCUUUUUUUAUCAUUUGAUAAUUUUAGAACUAAAAACUGUUAAGUACUGCCUUUUUAAUAAAUGAUUCUCAUCUUA